AUGUCUGUGCCAACGCUACUCCUCGCUCUUUUACCUCUCCUAGCAAUAUACCUGUGGCAACGGCUCCGAUAUCUGCGAUUCAACCAGCAUGCCUCCUGGCCGCAGCUCCCCCCUUCCCUCCUCUGGGGCCACAUGAAAGCAUUGAACGAGUUCGUCAAGCGCGGGGAACCGCGUAGGCAUAUCGAUCACGUAUUCGGGGAGAUACAGCAGUCUCUCGGCAACCCGCCGCUGUUUCUUGUCGACCUUCGCCCUGUCGUGGGCGUUAUCGGCAUAGUGUGCAACCAUGAGGUCGCAGAGCAAGUCUCGAGGAGCACCAAGGCCUUUCCCUACAGCAUGAGCAAGUCUCCAACAAUGAAACCGCUGGAGCCGCUACUGGGGCCGCAUUCGGUGAUAACCGCCGAGGGCGAACAAUGGAAAGCUCUACGCAAGCGCUAUAAUCCGGGCUUUGCUCCGCAGCACCUUCUUACGCUGCUGCCUUGUAUUAUUGAUAAGGCACGGAUCUUCAUUCAGUGUCUGGAUAAGUACGUGCAGACUGGCGAGGAGUUCUCUCUUGAGGACCGCUGCACCAGUCUAACGCUGGACAUCAUUGGAGCCGUCACGAUGGACACCGACCUGAACGCCCAACUUCCCACCAACCAACAAAGUCAACUCGCCCACCGCUACCGGCAAUUACUUGCCAGCUACGGCCGCGACGGCAAGGCCAGCAGCUUCCAUCCAACGGGGCUUCUGAAACCUUUCAUCCUGCUCCGUCGCAAAAUCCUCGUCCACCAGAUCGACCUCCUGCUCAAAACCCACAUCGAGACAAAAUUCGCUGAGCUGCAGACCACCACAAAUAAGUCAUUCUCCCGAAGUAUCCUCGGCCUCAGUCUCCAAGACAUCGAUUAUCUCACUCCCCGCAUUAUCCACGAAACCGCCGACCAGCUCAAAUCAUUCUUGUUCGCCGGCCACGACACCACUAGCAUACUACUGCAGUGGACGUUCUACGAACUCAGCCGCACCCCGCGUGUGCUGGACGCUGUCCGCCGCGAGCUGGAUGCGAUCUUCGGGAAGGAGACGUCCUCUUCGCCGGCCGCUGUCGCGGAGAUCUUGCUCGCUGGGGGCGACGAGUAUCUGUCGCAGAUGACGUAUAUCGCGGCGGUGAUCAAGGAGGUCCUUCGAUUACAUCCCCCCUCAGGAACGGCCCGUUACAUGCCGCCUGGCACGGGGUUCACGGUGACUCUUCCUGACGGGCAGACGAUGUGUCUUGAUGGGGUGGUUAUCUACGGUUGUGCGACGCUGGUGCAACGCGACGAGGCGGUCUUUGGCCCCACGAAGGAUGAGUUCUGGCCCGAGCGGUGGUUGGAGGGUACUAUUGCGGGUGGUGGUGCUGCUGUCAAGGGUAGCAGCCGUGCUUCCUCGGAUGAUAGUUGGGAGAAUGUUGGUGGUGCUGGUACUGAGCAGAUCCCCGUUAGUGCGUGGCGGCCCUUUGAGCGCGGUCCACGUAAUUGCAUUGGACAAGGGUUGGUCAAUCUUGAGGUCAGAGUCAUCCUGGCCUGUACUGUCCGGCGGUUCGACUUUGGGAAAGUUGGGCUUGGGGCUGUUGCUCGAGAUGCUCAGGGGGUGCCGUUGCUUGGGCCGAAGGGGCAGUUGGAAGUUGUGGAGGAAUUGUUUAAUACGAUGCAGGUGACAGCGAAACCCGUGGAUGGGACCAAGAUUAAGGUCAGGUAUGCGUCUUGGGGAUGA